CCACGUCACUGUCAGUCGGCGUGGUUUCGGCACAUCGUACGGUUUUCCUGAGACGUGAGUGACGUGACUCGCGAACGGCGGCUCGCUCGUAACCUCGUGGCGGUCGAUGAACGAAACGUUCACGCAGAUGACAAGCUACCUGGACAUUUCCUAGCGUAAACGAGAGCGUAACGAAGAUGCAUUGGACGCUGUGCGUGCUGAUAAUCGGGUCGUUCGGAUGCAAAUACAUCCUCGUCCAGGCGCAACGAGUUCCGCCCGGCGUACCGCCUCAGCAUUAUCAGCAGCAACAAAUGCCGCAACAUGCGCAGCACGUGCCGCAGCAACAGUAUCAAGUACCAGCGCAGCAACAGGUUCCCCUUCAGCAAGCAUCAAUGCAGCAAGUACCCAUGCAACAGCAGGUACCUGUACAGCAGCAAGUACCUAUGCAACAGCAAGUACCCAUGCAACAGCAAGUACCCAUGCAACAACAAAUUCCUGGUCAGCCUCAGAUUCAACAACCACAUGGGCAUGGUCAUGGGCAACCUCAGUUACUUAAUACCGCCAACAUAGCUCACGAGAAAGAACAUAUCGCCGAGCACGCUGACGUUCCAAUAGAUACCAGCAAGAUGACAGAUCAGGAGCUGCAGUUUCACUAUUUCAAGAUGCACGAUGCAGAUAAUAACAAUAAGUUGGACGGUUGUGAGUUGAUCAAGUCGCUUAUACAUUGGCAUGAACAAGGUAGUCCGGAUUCUCGUACGCACGGCGAUAAAUUAUUCAAGGAUGAGGAAUUAGUGCAAUUGAUAGAUCCGAUACUUAGCAUGGACGACAGUAAUAACGACGGCUAUAUCGAUUACCCAGAAUUUAUCCGAGCCCAACAAAACGCCGCAGCUAAUACGCGUACAUAGUGGUGAAUCGAAAUUUAAUAUGAACUUUUAAAAGAGAUUGUGCAAAGUCGAAGGAACAUGGAGGGAAUGUUGGAUUUUCGUUAUGGAUUAUUCAUGAUGCAUUAUUGACACGUCAUUUAUCCUAUGUACAUGAUGAAGCAGAAUCAGUACUUGUGGUAAUUCAUCCUUUAUCAAAUUAAUUAUUGAGUUAUAAGCAAGAAAACUAAGAAAACAGUUGAAUAUAAAAGAGAGGAAACUUUUUUAAUAUUAGUUAUACACAUUGUCUAUGUGUUAUACACAUAUAGACAAUACAUAAUUUGAAAAAUUGUAUACUUGAACAAAAUAUUGUAUAAUUAAAGAAAUGAUUGAGGAGUAUUCUUCUUGAUUAUUGCUUGAUUAUGCUCGACGAGAUUAAUUUUACAAUGAAAGCGUGUGCUGCGUAUUAUGGUGUAAGAUCACAAUGUUCUAUUGUUACUAAAUAAGUUUUUUGAUAUAUUAGAAGACUAUUUUUAAACGAGAAUAUCUUAUAGAAUAUCUCGGACUCUGUUAAUAAAUAAAAUGGUCAUUUA